AUGCAAUUUCUAUGUGUUUGGCUAUCUUACAGCCCUGUUACUGUGCAUAGAUUCUUAGGGGGACCGUCUGAAGAGGUCUGGCAACAUCCGAGUUGUGCAGAGUCGAGUUUAUCGGACACAUCGACAGUCGUAACGCGUAAACCUACAUAUGGAGCAAACCUUUCUCUACUCAUAGCUGAAGCAGCCAGUGCCGAUUCAGAUGAAUCCGAAACCCUGGUGCGUGGACUUGCAGCAUUAUUGAUUGGAAUAUGUAUUCGAUUCAAUCCUGGAGAUAUUCCCGGACUCGAUCAGUAA